AUGAUCGCUGCUCCGCCCAGCUAUCGGCCACAGCAUGCAGCAGCAGCUGCCACAUCUGCCACAGCAGCGGCAGUUGCCCCAAUUGGCUACCGGCAGGCAGGAAAUCUUCUAGAGAACGAUUACGUCUUGGAUGCCAGCGUUGACUUGGCCAAUCCUCGACUGCGCUCACCGCCGCCCGUCUAUUGCCCCCUGCCACUAACACCGCCACCUUGCUACACGGAGCGUCCGGCAGCGCCACCUCCUCCCCCAACCCCAACACAGCCAGCAGCAGCAGCAGCGGCGGCAGCGACUGCAGCAGCGACAGCGGCAGCGCGGCAACAAGCGAGACGUCGACGUCGCCUCAGAGAGUUGCAGGAACAGCAGCAACAGCAACAGUUGCAACUGCAGCAAUUUGCCACCAGCAGCAGCAGCGAUCAAAGCAGCGACAGCGACUGCGACUUUGGCGACAGCGCAGUCAACAGACGACGCCAGCGUCGACGCAGGAGCAGCUCACGGGGACUGCGGGAUGCGUAUUGUCCGGAUCUGUUGCACGCCUGUGCUCUGAUCCUGCACCAGCAGCAACCCGGCAGCAGCGACAGUUCCGUGGGCAACUUUACAGCCACUCCGCCUCCAACUGCAACUGCAACGCAAUCUCAAUCCCGAUCCCAAUCCCAGUCGGUUGGCAGAUACGAGUACAGCUCCGAUUAUGUGGAGAUUGAUGAGUUGCUGUUGCCAUUAGGGGCAGGACGGGCCAAGAGCACACCACAACUGCAGCAUGCUGUAGGCCUGGACAGUCUAGCGAUGGGUCAGAACCUGAGCCUGCGACGUCCGCGCAUCUCACUGACCUGGGUGCUGCGGGAGCAGCAUCAACAGACACCGCCAACACAGCCACAAGCCAAUGAUGCCGACCAGGAGCCACAACAGGAGCCGGAGAAGCCAGCGCUUAAGCUGAGCACGGAUGCACUUGCUCCUUCCGUUGAACAGAAGCGCACGGAGCCUGUGCCCACCCAGCUGGAUGUUACCAAGAAGCGUUAUCGGGUUAAGCAGCUGCCGGUUGGUGGUGGCACCACUGAUCCCCUCCAGGGCUAUGCCACCACGCCCACCGCCCAUCUGGCUCCCAGCAACGGACACUUGGCGAACCAAAAGUUCUUUAGCAAUCAGAAUCUGUUGGACUACAGGGAUAAGUCCACGCGGAGCAGCUGUGCGCCGGGUGCACCUGUUGCCGCCGCCUCCACCAAAGAGCUGCUCUUCGUCUGCACGCCGCAACGGGCGCCCAAGAGCGAUGUCCACCAGGAGGCAUUGUUGCUGGCUCGCAAGCGCAACGAGAUCCGCAAGAAGUUGGCCAAUCGCCUGCAACAGGCGCGUGCCGCCGCCUCCGGUAACUCUGGAGCUGGAACGGGAACGGGAACUGGAAGUGGAACAGGAACAGGAGCUGGAGCAACGACAGAGCAUGACUUAAAGUGCACCUACUCGGAGCCCAGUCUGGUGGCAGUGUCGGAGGCUGGCGGCGGAGUUGGCGGAGCAGCUCAGCAGCAGCGUCGCCAUCGGCAUCGCAAGCGCCGGGAGAGAGAGCGGAAUCGCGUGCAGAGAUUCGGCUAUGAGAUACACAAUGUGGAUGAGUUUCUGUCACGUUGCUCGCUCGCGGCGCCCGGCAAUAUUCCCGUUGUGCUGGCCACCGCCAGCACGCUCUAUCAGACGCGUCCUGGUGGCUAUCAGCUGGAGAUUCCCCUGCCACUGGGCAUGGUGGUCAAUGCGGUGUUCAAGAACCAAAACUGGCUCUAUGUGCAGACACCACACGCGGAGGAGGGCUAUGUGGGCUAUGCCUGUUGCUUGCCCCUGGGCAUCCUGCCCUCGGCAGCCAGGGGAUCCAAGCACACGCCCUGCUGGGAGUCCAAUGCGGACAUCUUUCCGCGUCCGUGUGGCAACAUGACCGACUCGGAGAAGGAGAUACGACUGCGCGGCGGCACACGUUCCGAUGGCGCCAGGACGCCCAGAAGCGCCAAGCCAGCGGAGGAGUUGCUGUCCCACAACAACAACAACAAUAACAAUAACAACAACAGCAAGAAUGGAGGCGGAGGCGGAGGAGGAGGCAGCUUGUCGGGUUCACUGUACGGGGAGCAGCAUGUGGACAAGUUGUAUCUGCGCGCCGCCUCCCAGCCAAAGCUCGUGGAGAAGGCCUAUGCCCAGUUGCGCUCCACCAAGCAGCUGGGACUCUCUGCCGGCUCCGCAACCGGAACUGGUUCCGCCUCGGUGCGCAGCGCCUCCAACGAUGAGUAUGUGACACUGCAGCAAAGGACAACGACGACACCGUCGACGACAUCGAAGCAAUCGUCACAGAAGCAUCUGCAUCAGGUGCAGGCACCGACUGUGCGCAGACUGUCCAACGUCUCCUACAUCACCAAUGGCCACAACGGUCAGCAUCUGCAUCCAAAGAGCAUUCCACAGGCGCAGCAGCAGCAACAGUUGAAUCUGCUGCGGAGGCAUCAACAGAAUGGACUGCGCCAAACUCUAGUCGCCAUCAACUCGGACUACAUCACGGAGAGCAUUGUGGUCCACAAGGGUGAAAUUGUGACGCUCUGCGAGUGUCGCGAGUCCAAGGAUCAGCGUCAAUGGUUCUAUGUGAAGACGCGCGAUGGACGCGAGGGCUUCAUACCAGCCGAGGUGGCCGGUCACGGUUAUCUGUAGGGUACCAGAGACUGAAAGAUCGCAUCUUAUAGAUAAUCCAAUCCCCCCAACUCCACCUCCAAAAGUCAUGCUAGGAACUACACAGAUUAAUCUUAAAUAUCAUAAAUCGUAAUUGUAUCGAAUUAAGCAAUAUCAAACUAGCAUAUUUAAAUUUUGUAAUUCUUUGCUCUUAUUUAGUUGUAUGUGUACGCUUUUAGAAUUUACAUAGAUGUAAUCUGUGCUAUUGGUGUAUAUUUAGCAUUACAAUUGCAACAUAAAUCAAAGAAAGACACACAACACAACACAUGGAAACGAUCAACUAUUUAUACAAACAAUUACUGUACUUGAUGCUUCUACUAAAUAAUUUCAAUAAAUAAUAAACAUA